GAGACGGAUAGUGGCAACGCUGGGAUAUUCGCGGUGAGAUGGAAUGCAAAUGAAGCACGGGGUUUGAUGUGCAGCGGAGAAGUGCAUGUCCACGCGCAAACCCCAUGGUUCAUGCACUGAUGCACCGUGCUAUGAGAAAGGAUCUAGACUACAGACGGGCAAGUCCAGCGCAAGUUUCACGUCCAAGUUCAAGUCUUCGUCGCCAGCGUCUCCACCCUGCCAGCAACUCAGUCUCGCGUCUGCAUGUUCCUGCUGACACCUCCCUUACAAUUGGUUACCAGCAGCGCACAAUCUUGCCAUGACGCCGAAUCCUGUUGGCCCAGCAGGGUCGGGCAAUGCACCCGCUAUCAAAGAUAACGGGGGCCCAUCGUAUGCUGAAGCUGCAACACCCAACACGCCAGGUUAUUUUCCCAAGCAAGACGCGCCUGGGGCCUCGUCGACAGCACCCGCCAAGAAGAAGAAGCACCGAGGUGGCAAGAAGAGGCGCAACCGGCGACAGUCAUUCGCGGCGACGCCCGAUCUGGGCACCGGCGACAUGAGCGAUGAGCGUCCGUCCAUGGGCGACUCCCGGGGCAGCAGCGGCUUCUACCGCCACCACGGCAACCUCAGCAGCACCAGUCUGGAGAGCGAGGCGCUGCUCGACCACCGCGACCACCCCACGAUACGCACGCGUCGGCCCAGCGUGCCCGUCACGUCGGCCUUCCAGCCGCGUGCCAGCCAGCCGUUUGUCAACUCGCCUGCCCGUCUGAGCGCACCCAGCGGGGGGUACGGCCGGUCGAGGCUUGCCCACACGCCAGAGGUCAGCUACGAUGACCAGUACGAAGACGAUGCAGACGACCGGACGCCGUUGAUGGGCAACCCCCAGCGCGAGGCUAGAGGCAGUGCAGGCUAUGGUGGCGCGAGCACUACUUCGAGCGUUGGCAGACAGCGAAGACUCAGCAGGACAUCAGCCUCGAGCGAGGAGCUGCAUCGCCCCAAUCUCUUCACCCAGCACCACCACUCGCAGACCAACCUCGACGAGUACGAUGUCAACAACCCGCCGUCGGUGCCCACCAGUCCGGCAUUCGAUGCCGUCAAGGGGCUCGACGAUGUCAUGUUCACCGGCGACCUGAACCACUCUCCAGAGCUCGGUAGGCCUCCGACCAAGUCUCGCGAUGCCUUGAUCGACAUCGACGAGCCCUCGCCAGGAACCAACAUCGGCUCGCCUACGACACCCGGCGGUGGAUUCCGUCGCCGCAUGACGGCGUCGGCAAUAGGAGAUGUCUGUUUCCCACACGAGGCCAUGUCUGAGCUGGGCAAUGACGAUGAGGUCGCCCUGACGACAGGGGAGCCAACAACGCGCCGUCGACGACGCCAAUGGCCCAAUCUUGAGAUCCUGGAUGCUUGGUCGCGUCAAGAGAAGGAGCAGCGAACUGUCGAGGGCAUGCGCAUGCGCAAAGUCAGCGAACCACUGAUGGUCAAUGGGCGUUUACGGCCCAAGAGGCAAGUGUGGCAUCGCGAGAUGAGUGACGCGCCAUUCCGGUUUACCUACUUCAACGAGAACUUCGACAACACGAUUCAUAGCCAAAACAUCAGCGAGCUUGUUCAACCUGGGCAGACUUUCAGGACUCUUUUCAUCCCUGAUGCUCCGGUUCUCGAGGACAGCAGCGAUGAUGACAGCGACGACGAAGACGCGAUGCACUAUAGCACAAACGGGAAUUCGAGAGCACCAACGCGGUCGGCGUCAAAGUUGGGUGACAAGAUAUCGUCUGGUGAGCAGACGCGCUCGACCACGCCACGCCCGACAGACGACAAGUCUAAGCGAUUUGGCCCUCGACCUGCGUGGUGGCUCGAUGUGCUGUCUCCCACUGAGAAUGAAAUGACGGUUAUCCAAAAAACGUUUGGUCUUCACCCGCUCACGACGGAAGAUAUUCUCAUGCAGGAACAGCGCGAGAAGGUGGAGCUUUUCAAGCACUACUACUUCAUCAACUACCGCACUUUCGAACAAGACGAACAUAGCGAGGACUACCUAGAACCGGUGAAUCUGUACGUUGUCGUCUUCCGUGAGGGUGUGAUCAGCUUCCACUUCUCCAUGACGCCACAUCCAGCCAAUGUACGUCGUCGUGUACGCCAACUUUCCGACUACCUAGUCUUGUCGCCGGAUUGGAUAUCGUAUGCUAUUAUCGACGACAUCACCGAUGCUUACCAGCCCAUGAUCCAAGGUAUUGAGGAGGAGGUGGAUGAAAUUGACGAAGCCAUUUUACGCCUUCACUCUAUAGAUGGUGAGGAUGCGGAGAAUGAGGACGAGAAGGUAGAGGACCAGUCCAAGAAAGGACGUGACAUGCUACGUCGCGUGGGCGAAUGCCGCAAGAAGGUCAUGAGUCUGUACCGGCUGUUGGGCAACAAGGCGGAUGUCAUCAAGGGCUUUGCCAAAAGGUGCAACGAGCAGUGGGACAUUGCACCGCGCAACGAGAUCGGCAUGUACCUCGGUGAUAUUCAGGAUCACAUUGUUACCAUGACGGCCAACUUGAGUCAUUACGAGAAUCUGCUCUCGCGAGCGCACAGCAAUUACCUUGCUCAGAUCAACAUCCGCAUGAACGAGCGACAGGAGAAGACGUCGGAUAUCCUGGGCAAACUGACGGUGCUCGGUACCAUUGUGCUGCCCAUGAACGUCGUCACGGGUAUCUGGGGCAUGAACUGUCUCGUACCUGGUCAGGACGUCAACAGCCUGACGUGGUUCUGGUGCAUUACCGGCGGGCUUAUUGGAUUUGGUACUCUGUGCUACCUUAUCGCUAAGAGAGUGUAUGGCAUUGUGUAGUAGUGUAGUUCUACUAUCACGGCGCCCUUUUUUGUUGUUUGGGCGGUCUCUCGCUUUGGACGUGGAUGAUACUCAUACGUGGGGAAAAGAAUGUAUACCUAUGUGUUCUAGUAUACGUAAUUUCUGGUGCUUUUGAUCAAUGGAUUGGAUUGGGCGGCUUGUUCAUAAUGUUUUCAGUCAAUGCAUGCAUGUUGUGGAUGAGGGGUUUGGAGGUCCGGUGAGGAGAGGCUGAUGCAUGGCCCAUGGCAAGCGUGUGGCUGUGGAUGGAUUCACCGGAUGAAAGAUCAGGGAUAACGGUGCGAUAACCAGUGUUUUUUUACGGCAGGUGUAUGCAGGGUAGGGUAAUCUCAUUAGAUAGUGUCUGGCAUCUCAUUCGAGUG